UGCACGUGCAUAAUUAUGACCGGUAUAAAGUCGAUAAGUAAACGUCUCGUCCCUACCGGCGAUCCCCACUCGCUCGCGCGGUCCCCUCGCCAGUGCUCGCCAGUCUCUCGACGGCGACGGUCGACCAUGCGACUCCUAACUCUAUCGUUACUCGUAGCCCUCGCGCUGGGGGACCUGUCCCCUGUAGACCACAUCCGAGACAACUUCUACAAGCUUGAGAAGGAGCUAUGGGCGAACGCGACGAAUCCUGACUGGAUAAACGCGGGUUUGGGAGCAGAUAUAGAAGUGACAAAGACGUUCUCGUCGUUCCACGAUCGAUUCUCGGCUGUGCCGAUGCCGCCGCGGCCGCAAGUGGACUCCUGGCCGUGGGUGAAAGCCACGGAGAAGCUGGGAGUAGUCGACAAUCUUUAUAAGAACUUCAUGGAGUUUGUGAAGCGGCAGGCGGUGCCGGGGGCGGUGCCGUCGCCGGUCAGAGAGUGGUUGGACUUGGCGGAGGUGAUACUGCGGGACCCGAAGUUGUCAGUAGCUGAUGCUGUCCAGCGGCUGGAUGAGCUGAUCGAGCAUGGGGACAUGUUCCGGUCCACCUUGCAGGAACAAAGCCAGGACCUAUGCGAGCUGCAGAUGUCGCCGCACCAGCUCAUCUACGACAUGUACAACACCAUCGCCCUCACGGAGAUCAAGGGCUACGCCAUGAUGCAGUUCUCUUGGAUCCUGCUCAAGAUCUACGGGAAAGGCAACUACACAGAGGAAGCUAGCCUGACGCGACAACGCUACGCCGAACGGACGGAGAAGACAGCAGCCGCCGCCAAAGCAGCACUCGCUAUGUCCAAACGAGGGGUCUACCGGUGCGAUCCAGCUCAGCACAAAGAAGGUGAAACGUUCGCGCAAGUAACUCGCCUACUCCAGGGAUACAUCGAGAACGAAGUUGACAUGAACACGGACGGGACUUGCCGGGACAACUGCGCGUACUAUUCGUUAGCUGAGCGCAAAGGCUGCUUUAAAGAGCUGUACUGCGCCAAGCAGAGGCCGUGCAAUGGGAGGAUUCUUAACUGCCAGUAUAUUGAUUCGGAUAUGUGGGUCUGUCCUGCGGGUCGGAACAGCAACCGGCGGUACGAGUGGAUAGAGUACGAAAACGGGCGGACCCUCGGCCGAGCCGGCCAGUGCACGCUGGGCACCACCAAGGUGGACUCUUGGUGGCGCUGGAACCUCCAGCACUGCUCGUACUGCAUGUGUCUAUGCGAGGACCCGGCGCCGGAGGCCGAGCGCGUCUUCAGCUUAAGGGAGGCCGUGACGGACUUACAGAAGAACAAGGUAGUAACAGGACUGCGUAUUGCGAAGGUCGGCAGAGUAUUCCACCUGCAAAUCAGCGAGGGCGUGCUGGGUGAACGUGGAGCUGUAACUCCUAGUGGAUGGGUGCCGGUGGUCAAAUUCGACCCCGCGGAUGUAGGCGUGGCUGAGACGGAUUAUCACACGUUGACCUACGAGCAGCGAGCGAUAGACUUGGACGAACUGGACUCGCCCAAAGGCCACGUGUUGACUGGAGUCAGGUGGCGAAUGAUCGGUGCGCAUCUACACUUCGAGAUCCGAUCAACACCUUUCAACUACACCACUGGUCGCCUUGCACCCGAUAGAAGCCAGUGGAUCAGCAAUGACAACACAGAGGGCGCGGAACAACCAAGGAAACGCCUAGAGUUGUACAAACCCGACGUGCCGACGCGCAGCGCGGCGCCCAUGCCGGUGGACUCGACGCACGACCAGUACGUCGAGUUCGUCAACUCGGACUUCGAGGCGGACGCGGCGCAAACGACGGUCCCGUUCUUGGAUGUGCAGCCCGUCGAGCCCAUGAAGGGAGCGUCGCUAGCGAGCGGGGCGGGCGUCGUGCACCGCGGCUCUCGCGGCUCGGGCGGCUUCGUCAGCGUGAAGCUGUUCACGUACGACUACAGCCCGCACGUGCGCGCCGACCCGCCGCCCCAACACGAACCCGACUUCGUGCCGCUGCCCGUAAUCAAUUAGAUGGGGUUAUUAGGGGUCAUUAGGUGAAUCUACUUUUUCUUGUCACUCGUUGCCAUGUUACCCUUAAAACCCUGGUUUUAUUGUAUUUAAAAUACCAAAUACCGACCAUUAAAUGACCAAACAUACAUUUUUAUGGCAGUUAUACGUAAGCCCUUUCCAUAUGCUUUAGCAUAUUAGUAUUAACAUUUCUUCUAACAAACUAUGCUACCUUUGUCGCUUGGCUGACGGGAUAGAAUUACAACAAAAAAGUUGAUUCAUCUAAUUGCUCAUUACAGAGAACGCAUAAGUGCGCAAAAAGUAGGCUUGCAGAGUCCGUACGCGGUUCAAUUUGACAUGCUGUCACAAUUUUUUUUACUACUAACCUAUUUCCACAAAGCGCCAUUUAGAGAAUUCAGGCAAAAAGUUGGCGAUGAAUAGAUUUUUAUUCGAUUUAUAUAUCUAACCUGCGACUGAAUGCACUUAGGCGUCCUCUGCUGUGAGAAUGGAAUUUAGUUUUAAAUCUCAGUAAUUAGGACGAGUGCGGACAGGGGCCACGGGAUAUACUUGGUCGCUCAGUAACUUAACCUCUGAAGUGAUCAGAUUUAAGACUUUGUACGCUUCCCAGAGCAUUUGAGGGGUCUAAUGUACGUUUGGAAUGUUACAUAUAAGGCGAUAACAGGACAAAAGAAUAUAACCAUAGAAUAAUGAAAAAUAAAAUAAACUCUUAGUAAAAAUCAUGGUCACGGCACCAAAGUGUAAUGAAGACGUUUUUUUAUAAGUGUAAAUGUAGCAUCAAGUUGUCUUCCGAGAGCUCCUGCCGUGGGAACUGUACUCAUUAUUGUAACGUAAGAUUUUGAUAGUAAUAAACACUUUUUAAUUAAAGUAA